GAAAUUGUUGACUGCAGAGCGAAAUUGUUAGCUGUUUAGGAAUAUCUUAUAUAUAUUUUUAUUGCUGAUACUUUAUGUUUUAAAAACCUUUUUCUUGUUUGUACAGAAAAGGGCAAGCUAAGUUAACGUUACGCCAGUGUAGCAGCCCAAAGUAUCCGCAGCUAAAGAAAAAAGUAUGAGUUGAAAGUACUGUAAAUCUGAAUGAUGGAGAUCACUCCUAAACUUAAAUCUGCACAUUCUUCACCUUGUCAUUCAAUCGAGUCAAGUCCCUCGGAGUUUAAAGAGGAAAAGCAUCAUCCAAAGCUUAGUGCAUCACUGAGGGAGAGGCUGAAGAGAACACGGCGAUCCUUCGUCUCGCCCCUCUCUGUUGCCAAACGCCUUUGUGUUGACGAUGUGGAGGAGGAUGGCCCACAAGUUUCAGCAGACUCCCAGGAGACUGUCAGCAAUCCUCCAGUCAUCACACACAGUGUUGAUGCAAACAGAAAUGAACUGAGAUCGGGGAGUGAGAAGUUUUCUGGAUAUGUUCCCGAACAUGAAGACUUUGUUAAACAACUCAGGAAGGAGGUUAAAGAAAAAACAGAGACUCUUCGGAGACUGAAGAUGGUUAAAAUGUACAGAAGCAAGAACGAUUUAACACAACUCCAAACCUUGAUUGACAAGUGGCGGAGUUGUGCUCAGGCAGCACUGUAUGAGCUCCAGGCAGAUGUCCCCAUAGAUGGACGAAAGGCCAGCCUGUCCGAGUUGAUUGACUUAUUUGGUCUGGAUGACAGCCUUCUGCACUUUGACCGCACAGAGGAGGACUUCACCACUUAAUAUACUUUGAAACUCACAACUGUUUACAGAACCAGUCAAAAGUUUGGACACACAUUCCCAUUCAAUCCAGUGGGUGUGUCCAACCUUUUGAGUGGUACUGUAUAAAAAUACCAUAGAGGAGCAAUCACACUUCAGUUAUUAUCAUUUUAUUUGUUGGUGCCACAGUUUACAGCAAAGUACAUGUUAUGUUCUGUUAAGUUGCUAAGAGAAGCAUGAAUAAAUUUGUGUUAAUUGUUGCAGAGUAAGCUUAGUUCAGUUGUAUUUCAGCUGAUCAAGUGAAGGGAAGUUCCUCAUUGUUAGACGCUCAACUUCUGUCCAAAGCACAUCCAGGUCCUCUGACUGUGCUCUGGCAAGGUCCUCCAAGUUCCUUCUUUGAACAACCUCCUGGUGGUGCUUUAAUAUUUUAGCUGCCUCAUUUUCCUCAGGAUCUAAACGCCAAAAGAGCAGUUUUAUUUGCCAGAACAGGGGGAAGAAAACUCCCUGUGCAAGUGAAGUGCCUUUUCUUACUACCUGCUGCUUCAUAGAUGUGUCUCAGCUCAGCCACAGUCACCUGUACAUCCGGAAGCGUCUGUUCUAAAACAGCAUUCUUCUUAGCUUUCAUGGCCGCCUGCUCAUUAAAUUUGGCAAUCUUUUUAUUGCAUUGUUUUAUGCUCCUUUGAUGAGUCUGAAAUUGAACAUUUGUGCAUUUAUCUGAAGAGCCAAGUAUGGGAAGUGCAAGUCAGAACUGAAAUAAAAUCAUAUUACUUUUCUGUUACCGUUUUUAUGAAAGCUAUAGUCUUCUCCAAAUCAGCGACCUUCUUGUGCAUGCACUUCCUUUCAUCCAUCUUGCUGUGAUGCUGAAAUGAACAGAGUACAAUUGUCUUGCAUAAAGAGAAAAUGCAAAAAAAAAAAAAAAAAAAAAAGAGAGAGAGAGGCACUACAUGGUCUCUUAACAAGAUUCUGUUUGUGUUAGGCAUCUGCUCUAGAUUUUUUAUGAAGGAUCACACAACAGAAAGUCCUUAGGAUAACUCAUUUAUGGCACAUUUAUAUUCAAAGCUCCUCUGUCACAUGGUUUAGGAGCUUAAACAAUGUCAG